AUGGUUAAAAAUACUACUUGUGAUAGAUGCGAUCUAAAUCUUUCCACUUAUCAAAAAUAUCAACAACAUUUAAAUCGAAAAAAUCCUUGCCGACCUAAGAAUUUUACUCAAGCUCCAAUAGGAAAUCCAGCUAUAGCCUCAAUAGAAAAUCCAGCACCAGCUCCAGAAAACGAUCUCAUUUCAUUUGAUGAAAGCCAACCAAUGCAUCAGCCAGCCCAGCUGAGAGAAGAAAAUGUGCCGCCUGUCGACCCAGAAAUAAAAUCUACUACAAAGCAAAAUAAAACUAUCUUAAUUUUUAAAAAUAUAUCAAAUGGAUUUGAAUUUUAUGAUGGAAAAAGAAAAUGGUAUGGUGUUAAAGACGACUUUUAUAUAUUAUAUAAUAAAUAUUAUUUUAUUAAAGCAGAUAAUAGAGAAACAAGUAUAGAAGCAUAUACAAGAAUUAUUGACGAGUCUGAAGCUAUUUCUAAAAAAACUAAUGGUAGAAUUAAUAUGCGUAAAUCUGGAGAUUAUACAUUAACAACUAUAAAACUUUUCAAAGAAACUACUUUAGCACCAUUAAAAAGUGGAAAAAUAAGUAAACAGGAGAAGGCUUGGAUAGAUUUAGCGUCAACAGGCGCUCUAAUAUUUGCAGAAAAAUAUGAAAGAGAAGCUAUUCAAUAUGAUGUAAAUUCGAUGUAUAUAUAUAUAAUGUUAAAGAAAGAAGCAUCAUGGCCUGUUACAUCAGGUAAGUUUCAUACUAUAGAUGUAUCUUUAGUAGAAAAAUGGACUAAAUUUCCAUAUGGAAUUUAUAAAGCAACAAAAGAAGGAAAUUUGCCAAAGAAAAGUUUUCAAUGUACAAGAUAUUUGCGAUAUAAUUCACAUGGAAUUUAUAUGCAUUAUGAUUUAGAGAGUGCUAAAAGAAAUGGUUUAAAAGUAUAUUUGAUAAAUGAAUCACCAAAUGUAAUUAUUUAUGAAAGAAAUGUACGUAUAACAGAAAAAGACAUGUUUGGAGAAUGGGGAAAUAUAUUAUAUAAUAUUAAAAAAGAAGGCGGAAUAGCUGGAAAAGUAAGUAAAGCAUUAUUAGUUUCAUUAUGGGGUGUAUUAUGUGAGCAAAGGAAUGGACAAAACUAUGGAACACACUCAAGAAUAAAAUUCUUUUUAUUAGCUUCAACUAGAAAAACAAUUUCUGAAAUUGUAAAACCUUUAGGAAAUUAA